AUGGGCUUAAUGGAUAAAUUAACAAAAAACAAAGACGUCGACAACUACGAUAAACAAGGUGGUAAAUUAGUCGGUGGUGACAAAAUGUCAACAGAAAUUCAAAAACAAUACAAAGACGGUAAAAUUUCUAAAGAACAAGCUGCAAAAUAUGCGGACGAUUUAGAUAAACAAGGUGGUAAAUAUACCGGGAAAGAAAAUUUAUCAGGUACCGAAAAAGGUAUUGGUUCUAAAUAUAUGGGUGGUAAACAAGAUUCAACCACUUCAGGAACCACCGGUACUACUGGUAAUAAAACCACUGGUUUAGAUGAUAGUACCUCUACAAACCAUAAAGGUACUGCCGGUGCUGCUGGUUUAGGUGCCGGUGCUGCUGGUGCUGGAGGUGCAGCUUAUGCUUCCAAGGAUUCUAAGCAUGGUCAUGAAGGUCAUGGUAAAGACACCUAUGGUUCUGGAAAUGAUACUUAUGGUUCGGCUGGUAACGAUACUUAUGGAUCAUCAGGUAAAGACACAUAUGGAUCAUCAGGUAAAGAUUCUUACAGGUCUAACGAGUACACUUCCAAUGAUAACUACAAUUCCAAAGGACAAACUGGUCAAGUCUCAUAUGGUGGUGGUUCUGAAGUUUACACCAGUGACAAGUCCAAAACCACUGGAUCUGGUAAAGACACUGACUGGAACAAAAUCGGUGGUGAUGCUAAAUCUGGUGCUACCAACGCAUACAAAACCGGUAAUGCUUCUGGUGAAGAUAAAUUGAAAUAUGGUAAAGAAGCUGCCAUUGGAACUGGUGGUGCAGCCCUCGGAGCUGGUGCCGCUUAUUCAAGUAAGGAUAAGUCUAAAGGUACUCACGGUACCUCUGGUACAUCUGAUACCUAUGGAUCUUCAGAUACUUACGGUAAUCAAACUACCUCGGAUAGUUACGGUAAAGACUCCUACGGUAAAGACUCCUAUGGUAAAGACUCCUAUGGUAAAGAUUCCUAUGGUAAAGACUCCUAUGGUAAAGACUCCUAUGGUAAAGACUCCUAUGGAACUAACACCCACAAUAAGGAUACUACUGUAAAAGAUUCCCACCAUAAAACUGGUUACGCUGCUGGAGGUGCUGCUGCUGGAGCCGCAGGGGGUGCUGCUUAUGGCCACUCAAAGAAAGAAUCUGUUGCUAGUACCAACAACGAUUUCGAUCAAUAUGAUUCAUCUUCUUCCCACUCAUCACUCGAUUUCUCCACCGGAAACAAGCAAUUGGACACCAAGAUCAGUCAAUUAGAUCCUUCAAUUCAAAAACAAGCCAAGGAAGCUUUCAAUCAAGGUUACCAAGACGCCCAAAAAGCGUUCAAAGCUUGA